AGGUAACAGAGAGCAAGAGCCUGUGCAAACCCUCUGGGGGAAGAGAGAGAGGAAGUCAAGCAUUUAGACAGAAGGAGGUUGUUAAAGCAGAGAAAUUUUGCGCCUGGAGAGAAGAGAAAGGGGAACACUUCCCCCUCUACCCUCCCCCUCAUUCAUCCUAGCUUUCCACUCCAGACCUCUGCGUGUGUGUGUGUGUGUGUGUGUGUCUAUGGACAACGGAUCGACGAUGCCCACGAACGGAAUUAACAAAGCCUUGAAGCUGCAGUUUGGCCUCAUCAACCACGAGAGCCGUUACCUAACGGCCGAGGCCUUCGGCUUCAAGGUGAACGCCUCAGCCUCCAGCAUGAAGAAGAAGCAGAUCUGGACUCUGGAGCAAGAGGACCAGGACACCCAGGUAGUGUUCCUUCGCAGCCACCUGGGCCGUUACCUGGCCUCCGACAAGGAUGGUAAGGUGAGCUGCGGGGCAGAGCAGCCCGACUCGCCCGGCUGCCGCUUCCUGAUCGUGGCCCAGUCGGAUGGCCGCUGGGCGCUGCAGUCGGAGACGUACCUGCGCUUCUUUGGAGGCUCGGCUGACUACCUGUCCUGCUUCGCCCAGGCCAUCGGGGAGCCCGAGCUGUGGGCCGUCCACCUGGCCCUCCAUCCGCAAUCUAGCCUGCUCAGCGUGGCGCGCAAACGCUACGCCCACCUGUUUGCCCGGGAAGGAGAGAUCUCGGUGGACAGCAACAUCCCCUGGGGAUCGGACUCCCUGGUCACCCUGGUAUACCUGGAAGGAAAGUACUUCCUGAAGACGUGCGAUAGCCGCUUCCUCAGCAACGACGGGAAGCUGGUCAAAGAGAACACCCCCACCACCAGCUUCACCCUGGAGCUCAAGUCAGGCAAGCUGGCCUUCAAGGACUGCGAUGGGAAGUACCUGACACCCAUGGGCCCGACCGGCACGCUGCGCUCAGGCCGGUGCUCCAAGCCUGGCAAGGAUGAGCUGUUUGAUCUAGAGGAGAGCCACCCACAAGUCAUUUUCCAGGCAGCCAACAAAAGAUUUGUCUCCGUCAAACAAGGUGUGAGCAUCUCAGCCAACCAGGAUGUGGAGACAGACAUGGAGACCUUCCAGAUGGAGAUUGAUAAGGAGAGCAAGAAGUGCAUGUUUAGGACCAACGGCGGUAACUACUGGACACUGGUCUCCCACGGAGGGAUCCAGUCCACAGCCACGGAGGUGGAGGCCAACACAAUGUUUGACAUUGAAUGGCUCGGUCGCAGUGUAGCACUGAAGGCAAGCAAUGGGAAGUACGUGUGCACCAAAAAGAAUGGGCAGCUUUCAGCCGUCAGCGAUUCCGUAGGUGAUGAUGAGCUCUUCCUGAUGAAGCUCAUUAAUCGGCCCAUGUUGAUCCUGCGAGGGGAGAACGGUUUUGUGUGUCAUCACAAGAGCUCCAACACGCUGGAUGCCAACCGAUCCGUCUAUGACAUCUUCUUACUGCUUUUCAGCGAUGGCGCCUACCACAUAAAAAGCGUAGGUGGAAAGUUCUGGUAUGUCUCCAGCAGCGGCCUGGUGUGCUCAGACGGAGACAAGCCUGAGGACUUCUUCCUGGAGUUCCUGGAGCACGGGCGGGUGGGCAUCAAGGGCAAGAACGGCAAGUACCUGCGCGGGGACAGCGGCACGCUGAAGGGCGACGCUGCUACCGUGGACCCUUCCUGUCUCUGGGAGUACUAACCUGGCUCGACCUCCUGACGACCCCUGAAGCCCGUGGAGGGGUGGAGGGAGAAGGAGAGAGGGAGGACCUGGUUCCCACCUGGGUUCACAGCUCAACCAACAACGAUACAUUACACAGACUGACUGGGGAACAUUUUCACUGCUCUCUUUUCUACUUUAGAGGCAAAGGAGAGGCCGUUCCCACUUCUUUGUUUUGUUUGGGCAAAAAGUGAAAAUGUGUAGAACGUUUCUUUGUGUUUAUUUUACUAUAUUUGAUUUGUUUUCCAAAAAAAGCAUUGGUUACCUAAAUAUAGUUUUUUUCCAAGUGACAUUGCCAACAUCAACAACAGCGAAUACUUAAUAAAAUCUGCACAUUUUGGUCACUCACACAGCCUAUAAAAAAACAUCAGAUUCUGUAUAGCGGUCCUUAAAUUAUUAUCUGGAUGCCUGAAUAAAGGCAGCUUUUCACAUCAA